CACACCUGCAGAGUUCCACCUGAGCAGGCUGUCUGCAGGCUGUAAUGAGCAGCAGAGUGAAACACUAACCGAUACCUCACCUUCAGAAAACCUGCAAACUCUCUGUGUGAGUGACGGCUGCUUCAGUUUCAGGUGUGCACACAUGAAGGGGAAACCUCACAGAUACGGGCUGAUCGCUGCGGGGACAAGCGUGCUUGCCGUCGGCCUCUUCAUCAUGACACAGGAGCGACCUCAUGUCUUUAUUACCAUGUGUGUUCUGGGUGUCACUAUGGUCUGUGUGGGGACAGUGUGGAGCCUCUGUCAGUGCUACCCAAAGGUCAUCCUGGCUCCGGUGGUUCAGGAGGAGAGUCUGGAGGAUGGAGUGUGUACUGCAGCCAGAGCCGAUAGGUGUUCUGGGGCUCCUCCCCCUGUCUGUGGGCAGACGUCGAGCAGCAGACGACUUCUUGAAUCCCCUAAGAGUCGGUGUCACAGCUGUCCUACCCUGCACCUGGUCUGAGUAAGACCUCCUGCAACCUAAGACCUCCUCCAUCCUGAGACCACCUCCCUCCUGAGACCUCCUCCAUUCUGAGACCACCUCCCUCCUGUGACCUCCUCCAUUCUGAGACCUCCUCCAUCCAGAGACCACCUCCAUCCUGUGACCUCCUCCCUCCUGUGACCUCCUCCAUCCUGAGACCACCUCCCUCCUGUGACUUCCUCCAUUCUGAGACCACCUCCCUCCUGUGACCUCCUCCAUUCUGAGACCUCCUCCAGCCAGAGACCACCUCCAUCCUGUGACCUCCUCCAUCCAGAGACCACCUCCAUCCUGUGACCUCCUCCCUCCUGAGACUUCCUACACCCUGAGACCACCUCCCUCCUGUGACCUCCUCCAUCCUGAGACCACCUCCCUCCCGAGACCUCCUCCAUUCUGAGACUUCCUACACCCUGACAAUACCUCCAUCCUGAGACUUCCUACACCCUGAGACCACCUCCCUCCAGUGACCAUCUCCAUUCUGAGACCACCUCCCUCCUGUGACCUCCUCCAUCCUGAGACAUCCUCCCUCCUGAGACCACCUCCACCCUGAGACCACCUCCCUCCAGAGAGGACAGUCUAAUCAGACCCCGUCUUUCUGAGGACAGUGAGGGCUGAGCUCCCUCGUGAUGAUGUAACAUGGUUGUGUUUCAUGGUGGCUCCAGAUGUUGCCAUUGUUCAGUUUGAAGGUUAAACUUCAUGAACCUUCAUCAGCUGCACAUUCAAAAUGUUAAAGCCUGUGACUCCCUCACAUCUCAAACCUCAGGGUGGUGUUUUUUUAAGAAGUGUAAUUAUAAGUUUGAUAAUA